AUGUGGUGGAUGGUGUGGUUCCUGCAGGCCCGAUGGAGGGGAAAUAUAUCUGACACCCUCACAAGGCCCACCGUUUGGAUCGGACUGACGGACGUGAAGAAAGAGGGAACCUUCGUGUGGGAGGAUGGGGAGGAACUGGGAGGGUUCAGCGAUUGGUGGUGGGGCGAGCCCAACAACGAGCCUGGUGAUGAUGCGGACUGUGUCCGCAUGAAGAGUGCUGCAUGGCUUAAAACAUGGAAAGACACGCCCUGCCAACGUCUUCAUAAAGUUAUCUGUGAGAAAGAUAACACAGGCGUCAGUGAUAGAAUCCCAGGCUUGGGCUUUCAAACCGCCACGUUCACCACCCUCGGCGCCACCGGCCGUGCAGGCCCGACCAGCCUGGGUGACCACUACCGCGGACAGGACCACGAGAAACUGGUGACCUUACAGAACGGUAUCCAGCUCUUCACCGUGCCUGAGACUGGGAACUACAGCAUUGAAGUUGCUGGUGCCGCUGCAGGACAAGCCGGUACCGCCAGGGGCAGGGGUGCGCUGGUCAGUGGGACGUUUCAGCUGCAGGAAGGAGACGUGCUGAAGAUCCUGGUCGGUCAGGAGGGACUUGGCUCCCGGAGACAUCUGUCGGCCGGAGGGGGAGGCGGCACGUUCGUCACCAGGGCUGACGAUUCACCGCUGAUCGUAGCUGGAGGGGCAGGAGGAGGAGCUGGGGUUUGGGGGUUGAAGUCACACCGUGCGGAGUGUGAUGGUACUACAGGUGAAUCCGGCCAGGCCGGCUUCGGUCGCCUUCAAACUCACCCAGGCGGCAGGGCUGGAUGCGGUGCAAAAGACCCAGGCGAAGGUUGCUGGAUGAAUGGUGGCGGUGGGGGAGGGGGGCUCGUUUCCAAUGGUGGCAGCGGGAUGGGGGUCUGUGGACACGGUAGUAGAGGAAAUGCUGGUAAACAUGGCGGACGUUUUAGGGGCGGAUUUGCCUUUGUCAACGGUGGUGUGGGUGGGAAACAGGCUGGCAAAGAUUCCGAUGGCGGGUUUGGCGGGGGAGGGGUCGGUUAUUACGGAGGGGGUGGGGGAGGGGGUUACUCGGGAGGAGCCAUGGGGAUGUGGGAGAACGGCUCUUCUUGUGGGGGAGGGGGAGGCUCCUUUAACUCCGGCCGCGACUCCGGCGGUCAGGACGGGGUGAACGACGGGCCCGGGUACGCGGUGAUCACGAAAAUGUGA